UCAUGCAAUUCACGUGUGUCUGCCAUGUCAGCAAAAAAAGUAAGACACAGUCAAAUCAUUAAAGCUUCAAAACCCUGUUAUACCCUCUGCAAUCGAUCAGAUGAUGUUGCUAUCGCUCCUGCUAAUCGCCUGUUCAGCAUCCAGUGUGAUGGGAAUUCCUAAAAGUGGGAUAAUGAAAGGGCCAGGGGAAAUCAAUUUCAACAACAAAGUGAAUACCAAGUGUGUCCAUCUCGGUUUGUACAGUGACAGCACAAUUUUUGUCAGUGGUGACGACGUUACAGUUUCUGAGGGAUCUACAGUGACUCUGACACUCAUUGUGCUUAGAGCCAAUUGUGCCAACUUACAAGAGGAUGACUGUGCAGCAGAUGUUUGUUCUGUUAUCGAAAAGGAGUCCUUCACACCAGUUGCCAUCAGUCAGUAUAAGCUCCCUCAGGACAUGGAACACUUCUCCUUUUUGGAAUACAACACCGUUUAUGUGAACACGACUACUGAAUUGACUGCUGAAUUGUGCCGGUUACAAAGCAAAGAUACCGGUUCCAAUACACCUACUACCUCUGGUACAGUAAACAUCACCGAAGCUGGCACCACCACACGAAGUCAGUCUCCCAAGAGAGAAGCUGAAAUGCCGACAAACAACCCUGCCGUGUCUGUUCGUAUCAAUGGUGCUGGUGGAGUGUAUAGAGUUAAAGUGAUCGCAGAGCUCAGCUCACCUGAUGCUACAGCAAAUAUCUCAUUGAAAUUUGAGUUGAAGAACUCUCAUGGGUAUCUGGAUGCUAUAGACUUUCCUGCUCUUGUGUUUUAUGGUGUAAUGACUGGAGUGUAUGCCGUAUACGCGAUAGCCUGGCUGAUAGUGCUGGGACUCAACUACACUGACCUGGUCCGACUCCAGUUCUGGGUGUUGGGGGUAAUUCUGCUGGGCUUUAUGGAAAAGGCUCUCUUCCUAGCGGAGUACGACUCUGUCAACAAGGGGAAUGAGUUGCACCUGCUGAUAGUGCUGGCUGUAGUAGUGUCAGCUCUGAAAAGGUCCCUCUCCAGAAUGCUACUGGUCAUAGUUUCUCUGGGGUAUGGCAUAGUGAGACCCCGACUGGGCGACUCAAUGGCCAAGGUCAUUGGAGCUGGUGUCAUCUACUGGGUGCUGGCUAUUAUCAACGGUGUUCUCAAAGCUAGAACACCCACAGCUGCCAGUGUUAGCACCCCAGUGACUGUAUCCUAUGGCCUGUUGGUCCUGGUAGACAUUGCUAUCAUGUUCUGGAUAUUCUCUGCGAUUGUUGAGACUCGCCGCACACUCAGAGUCAGGAAGAACUUGGUCAAGCUCUCUAUGUACAACCACUUUUCGUAUGCUCUCAUCUUCGCAAUGCUUGCAACCAUUGGAUUUGUGAUCUGGGACAUUCUCGCUCACUUCUUCCCUUCCAAUGAUUGCCUCACGGACUGGAGUGAGGUGUGGCUUCAAGACUGUUUUUGGCAUGUCCUCUUUGUCAUUAUUCUCGGGAUCAUCAUGGCCAUUUGGAGACCUGGCGCCAACAAGAAGAGAUAUGCCUACUCACUUGUGGAUGACGAGGACGAUGAUGAGGAGUUUGAGCAGGGCACUAACAAGAACUUUGAGACCGUAAAGAUGCGUCAAGUUGGAUCCACUUCUGAACCUCCUCCCCCUUCAUCACAUGCUGAAGAUGACCUAAGAUGGGUUGAAGAAAAUCUACCGACUUCAGCUCUUGACAAAGCUCUUCCUCUGAUCCUGGACUCGGACGAGGAGUUGAUGACUACCAAGUUUGAAAGCUCAAAAAUCAACUGAUCCAUUAUUAUGUGUACAUGUACUGUUUUAGACACCUAAUAGUGUGAGUUUAUGCAUAAUUAUAAUUAUGACUUCUUGUGUUAAACGCUUAAA